AUGGAAGCAAAGCGUCGACGAGUGAGGGUUUUUCGGGAAUGCAUGAUUUGUCGGGAGGACAAGGGCCCCAGCGAUUUUCCUGGCAAGGUCACUGAUGGCUGCAGCCAUACCCGCGACGUGUGUCGGCCUUGUAUGGCACGCAUCAUCCGCAUGGAAAUCAGCGUGAAGGGACAGGCAGCUGAAGUAAAGUGCCCUACUUGUUCAAUGGCGCUCGCCUUGUCAGAUGUGGCUCGCGAAAGCUCUCAAGAAGACGCAGAUCAGUUGGACAAGUUCCUGUUGCAAAGGGCCUUGUCGCAAGAGCCAAACUUUUGCUGGUGCGCGCACGGGUGUGGAGUUGGCCAGGUGCUUGACGAAAUUGGCCGAAACAUUUUCAUGACGUGCCAGCAGUGCUCACAGCGCACCUGCACACAUCAUCGAUCCAUUUGGCAUGAUGAGCUGACAUGUGCUGAGCACGACCACCAGCAGACUUGUAGGGAGCGUUAUUCCUUCACAGUGGACAACAGUAUCUUGCAGUCCACAUCAAAUGGAGUUGUUUACCGUCGGUCUCCGCAGUUGGAGGCCAAGGCUAAAGGUGUUGCAGAAUGGGGCACAUGCGUACAUGGAUUCUUGCACUCAUCCGACUGGGUGGCAGUUGGUGAUCUUUUCUUGCCAACAGCAAUUCGGAGAGUUCGAGUGCUUCAGCCUCGGGCCGAGUCAUAUCAGGUCGACAACGCGCUGCUGCAGUCAAGCAGAAGCGGCGUGCGCUACCGGACUUCCCCAAACCUGGAGGAUGCCACCUCUGAGAUUGCCGAAUGGGGAUCCUUCGUGAAGGGAACUCCCGUCGAUCAGAAUUGGAUCAAGGUGGACUCUGAGGACUCUGAGGACUCUGCAUUCCUUCCAAUAUGCAUUCGAGGCCUUCGAGUUCUGAAGCUCCAGGGAGGCCUCGGGCAGUACAUGCAAGAGAAGAAGGUGCAGCGCUGCCCCAGCUGCCAUCAAGGCAUCGAGAAGAAGCACGGCUGUGACCACAUGAAAUGCCCAUGUGGCGCUGAGUUCUGUCAUGUUUGUGGUGCUGACUAUUUGGGCCCGGAUGGCAUCUUCUCCGUGGGGAAUCACAUGCACAAAAAGACGUGCCGGCACUACAGGCCAUGGAGGACAUGA